CUCUCUAAAAACAUACCCAUUGUUUUCUCUCACGCAAAACAACAAUAAUAAAUGAGAAAUGAGAGAGAGAAAUGUUGACAAGUUUCUUCCACUUCUAAUUCUCUCUCUAAAUCUUUCUUGAGAGAAUGGCCCAGCAGAUCCAAAAUCCUCAUUUCAUCGACUUUUCUUGGUGUUUCCAAAAUGCCUACUUUUUUGUUUGGCUCUUUUGAGGUCUCUAAGCCUAAGCCUUUCGUAUUCUGAUCCAUUUGCUUCUUUUAAAGAUACCUACUUUGAUAUUUUUGCUUUUCUUCUGUUGGCUUGUAGUGCUUUGAGCUGUUUCAAUGACUGAAUCCCUUCUGGGUUUUCAAGGAAGAAUUGAUUUUCACUUGGAUAUGUAAUUAAGAAUUCUCUCUAAUGGAGUAAUGGUAUUAAGAUGCUCAGCUAUUCCGUGAGCUAUAAAUUUUUGAACUUUACUUGAAGUUUCAUGGCAACGAUAGGAAUGCAAGCUGAAAUGCAGUGCCACUACUUCCCAGGAUUUUGUUCCAAUAGAGAUCUCAACUUAAAUGCUAGUUAUAGUAUCUGGCCAUCAAAUACUGUUGAUAAAAUCUUGAAGAAUGGACAGUACUGCAAUGUGAGUUUGGCACCAUCAUCUCCAGACCAGUAUUUGACUUGCAAGGAAAAACUGAAGCAGACAAUACUUCAACAUGAAGCUAUAUUUAAGGAUCAGAUCCAUGAACUCCACCGCCUUUACAAAAGACAGAAAGAACUAAUGGAUGAGGUGAAAAGGAUUCGGUUUCAUGGACAUCAACUACAGGUAGACACCGCACAGUCAAAUCAAAUAUUCUGUGGACCCUCAUUUGAGUAUUUCCAGAAGAAAACAGUUUCUGCCAUACCCUGGCUGAAUCCUACUUCUACUCAAUUCUCUGUUGUGGGUGCUGAAAACCAUUCACAUUUGAAAUAUGUUGAAGGAAAGCUCAAGGAGGUGGGCUGCAUUACAGUUCAGACUGAAGGAUAUGGAAAAGAGUCUGAGUUAUUGGAGUCUAAGUGCAAGAAAUUUGGUAACAAGAUAUUGGAUCUAGAACUUCCAGCUGAUGAAUACAUUGAUAGUGAACAGGAGGAAUCUUUAGCUGGGGAAACAGUUCCUCCUGAUGUGCCAGGUUAUCAUAUGAAAAGCAUUGCUGAUGAUGUGCAAAAGAGUGAAGUAGAACCAUCUCGUGGUAUUGAUGAUGGUAACUUGGUUUUCCAAGAUGGUGAUACGAGGCCAGCUUCAUUUUCAAGGAAAACCAAUUGCUUAGCUGAUUUGAAUGAACCCAUCAAGCUUGAAGAAGAAACAAAUCUUGAAUCCAAUGUUUUCCUGGGUCCUGUGCCAUGCGAUAGAGAGAACACGUGCCAGGAUCUGUCUGGGAAGAGAAAUUCAGACUUGCGGGUUCAACUAAAGCAGACCAUCCAAGGUACCCAGACAAGAGAGGACCCUGAAAUUCCUGAAGCCUUCUCAAACGUUUUAGACCUGGAAAAGAGUAAAAGUAUGCCGGAGUGCCUAUCUGAUAAUGAUGAAGCUGGGCAAAGUAGCAGUGGCAUGAAUUCUUUUCCUGAAAGGAUAUGUACUGAAACACUAUCCUCAUCAUCUGAAGAUGACGAGAUUGAGCAAGAUCAUGACAUUUCAACAUCUCAUUUGAAUCUGAACAGGAGAAUGCCUAAGAAAAAAAGGAAAGAUUUUGAUUUGGAGAGCUAUCCUGUGGUUAAAGCUGCUUGCACUGCUACAUCAAGUGAACUCAUUCCUCUGGAUGAUGUGAUGACUUGUGAUUCAUCUUGGAAGAAACAUACACGUGACUUUGUAAGGGCCCCUAUAGCAGUUCAAGCACUUCCAUGUUUUAACAGUGCUGUACGUUUGAAGAGAAGGUCUAAGCCAAAGUUUAGCAGCACAAGUGAUCAGAGCAGCUUCUGCAACACUGACAAUGAAUUCGCAUCUGAAGGUAAUGGCAGCAAAAAGCGCGUUAAGGAUUUUGUGGAUUUGAAGUUGAAAAGGGAUAUAGAUCUGAAUUCAAUAUCACCUAAUUGUUCAUCCGAUGGUGAAGAGAAAAGUAAAGACUCAACUGGGUUCUCACCUUUGCAUGGAGCAAACCCUCCACAUCUUGCAAAAUCCAACAAAAAACUGGACUUGAACUGCAAUUCAAUACCUGAUUCUGGAGAACAGCUCAAUGCAAAGGACCUAGUUCCAGAGAACAGACAUAACAAAAAGUCUUCAGGCUGUGGAUUUCAUUUUGACCUCAACUCAUGGAUACAAGAGGAUGAGUCUUCACCCAUGCCUGCUCCGUUAACCGAAAUAAAUUUGCAGGCACCGGCAAGUCCAGAAAACAAGGAGUCAUCUCCACCAAGAGGAGAAUCUGAUGAAAACCAACUUGAGAUGCUUUGUCAACUGCCAGGACAAGAAAAUAAUCUGCUAGAGGAUCUGAUAACAGUUGCAGCAGAGGCUAUAGUUUCCAUUUCAUUGUCUCAGGUUCAGGGUUAUAAAGAAACUGAGGCUUUCAAGCCAUGUGCAGCUUCACAGAGUGACUCACUAUAUUGGUUUGCCAAGAUAGCAUCUAAUAUAGUAGAUGAUCCAGAGAAUGGAUUUGGUAUAGCUUUGAGUUUUAAGAACAUAACUAAUGACGACGAGUAUCUUUCUUAUGGGAUGGACUAUUUUGAGGCAAUGACAUUGAACCUGAAGGAGACAAAUGUCGAAGAGUACUAUUGUAAGACCAACAUUCAAAAGGAGGAAGCAGCGUGUCCACUUCCAUUGCCAAGUCAGCCUAGGAGGGGACGGAGGAGGCAGCAGCGGAAGGACUUUCAAAGUGAAAUUCUACCAAGUCUUGCCUCUUUGUCAAGGUAUGAGGUGACUGAAGAUCUUCAGGCAAUAGGAGGGCUAAUUGAGGCUGCUCAUCGGAGCACAUGUGCAAGGAAAACAGGUGGAAAUGGGUGGACGAGGGGGAGGAGGAGGCGACCUUCCAUAUCUUCUUCCAAUGCAGAAACCUCCAUGUGUACACUGUUGAAGCAGCGAACCAGACAUGGCGAAUGCAGUAUUGAGGAGAGGAGCUUAAUUGGUUGGGGGAAGAUAACAAGGAGGCGGAGGGGACAGAGGUGUCCUGCUAGUAAACCCCGGCUAAUUUUAGGCCAAGUGUAGUUACACUCUGCUCGUGUUGUUUUUUCAGGCAAGUUAUAGUGAGUGAACUAUGAGAUUAUCUUGUACAUGGAAAACAUAACAAAUUUGGCUGAUAUCUGAUAAGCGUCAUAAUCCAUAUAGGAAAGACCAAAUGGAAUAUGUGUUUUUGAGCUUUUUGGUUUAGUUUAUAGUGAAGCAAUGGAAAUGCUUGUACAUGUGAAAUGUUAUUUCUUAGCCAAUCCUUGAUAGUUUUAAAGAUGUAGCAAGUUAUGAAACAUUGGCAUUGGGAUAUUU